AUGUCCUUGUUCGGCACAUCACCCGAGGACUCCUCGGCAGGUAAUUCGGCACAUAGGUCCAAGUCUUCGCUCUUCGCCGACGAACCCUCUCUUGGUACUGGUAGCAAUGCCAACCUGGGCUCUUCCUCCCUCUUCGCCGACGAUGACGACCUGGGCUCUGGCUCGCCGUGGAAUAGCAAUACCAACAAGAGAACGGCUAGGCAUAAGCUCGUGAAAACCUUGCUAUCGGAUUCGGAUGCCCCCGAGAGUUAUAUCGAUGCCUACGACCUGAUCCUCAGUACUGGCGAUCGCGUUGGUGCCGGUAUUGGACUGACUUCAGUCAGGGAAAUUCUGUCCGGCAGCGGGAUAAGUGCCUCUGACCAAGGAAAAAUUUUCAAUAUUGUUGUUUCUGGUGAUAUCGAUAGUGCAAAUGGGUUAGGACGUGGCGAGUUCAACGUUCUUCUGGCACUCGUGGGCCUUGCGCAAGAAGGGGAAGAUCUUACAUUGGAUGCGGUUGAUGAUAGGCGCCAGAAGCUCCCCGCGCCGAGAAGCUUAUACCUUGAUGCGUUGCGCGCAAAGCAAGAAUCCGGCACCCCUGCGCCGUCGCAGGAGCGGCCGAUUACUCCACCUCUCCCUGCGUCACCCCAGCAAGCACCCAACUCAGCUCACUCACGGCGAUCACGACGAGAAUCGAUGGCAGGUUUGGAGUCCGACCCUUGGGGUAGUCCAGAGUUGCAUCGCGGACAUGCCCACGCACAACUCGAAUCCGACCAUCCAGUGUUGAAUGGCUAUGGUAGUGUUCGGUCCGCUACUAAUGCUUGGUCUAGUAGAGUUGGUGAGGACAACAACCCCAAUGAAAUCUCGAACAGAAACCGCGAGAAUGGCCAAACAGAUACUGGGCCAUCCCACGGCUCAGGAUUUGGGUGGGGGGGAAGUUUUGGCAAUACACCGAGUGAUGGUGGGCUUGGAGGAACAGCCCCGGCUGGCCUUGGAAGCUUUGGCCCUCCUAGUAGUGAUCAUAGCGACCCGAAUCCCCGUCGCGUAACGCUACUCCCGGAGAAGGAAGGGGUGUUCAUGUUCCAGCAUCGCAAUUACGAGGUCAAGUCCGCUCGUAGAGGGAGCACAGUGGUACGGCGAUACAGUGAUUUCGUCUGGCUGUUGGACUGUCUCCAAAAAAGGUAUCCGUUCCGACAGCUUCCUCUUCUUCCACCAAAGAGACUUUCAGUCAAUGGCACUCACCUUGCAGCGGAUUCCAAUGCAUUUCUCGAAAAGCGUCGCCGUGGACUCGUUCGAUUUACCAAUUCCCUUGUUCGACACCCGGUCCUUAGCCAGGAGCAACUCGUGAUCAUGUUCCUGACUGUUCCUACUGAACUGUCCGUGUGGCGGAAGCAAGCCACGAUUUCGGUGCAAGAUGAAUUUACUGGCCGAGCCCUUCCCCCUGAUCUGGAAGACUCCUUACCUUCUACACUUCCGGACACAUUCGAGACCGUCAGGGGCGGCGUCAAGAGGUCUGCAGAAAUUUAUAUCAACCUGUGCACAUUACUUGAGCGUCUGGCCAAGCGCAAUGAAGGCCUUGCGGCUGAUCACCUGCGGUUCUCGCUUGCCCUUCAAUCCCUCACGGAGGUGACUCGAGACACGUACGCGAUUGAUACCAACGACGUUCCUUUACUUAAUGAGGGUAUCAAAGCUACUGCCAAUCAUCUCUCAACUAGUCAAAGCUUAUUGGAGGAUGAAGCACGUGCCUGGGAAGAGGGCGUGUUGGAGGACCUGAAGCGCCAGCGAGACUGUCUAGUCAGUGUGCGGGAAAUGUUCGACCGCCGAGACCGUUACGCGCGGAACAAUAUUCCCCAACUGGAGCGGCGCAUCGAGAGCAACGAGCGGAAGCUACAAGAUUUGAGAAGCCGACCUCAAGGUACCGUCAAGCCCGGAGAGAUUGAGAAGGUCGAGGAUGCAAUCAUCAAGGACAAAGAGUCGAUUGUACAACAACAUGCGCGCGGUGUUUUCAUCAAAGAAUGCAUUCGCGAUGAAAUAGCAUAUUUUCAGCAGAGCCAGUACCAUAUUAGCCGACUUCACCAGGACUGGAGUCAGGAGCGGGUCAAGUAUGCCGAGCUGCAGGCAGAUAAUUGGCGGUCAUUGAGUGACCAGGUCGAAGGCAUGCCCUUGGGUGACUGA